AUGUCUAUUUUAAGUCUACCCAAUGAAGUAUUAUGUGCGAUAUGUGAAAUAUCCGGUGAAGACCGGAGAUCUCACGAAAGAGACCUCUAUUCCAUAGCCCGAACUUGCCGCCGGCUGUUCCACAUUGCGCUUCCGAGCCUUUAUCGCUCCAACUUCUUGUCCAAAUAUGGCUCGGCACUCGAAUGGGCCAUUGAAGGAAACAGAACAGCAGUGAUCCAGCGAGCGCUCGAUUCUGGACUGGACGCGGUGCGGCUUGAACACCUCCGUCUUGCCAUAGUACACGGCCCGGACGGCCUUUUUACCAGGCUAUGGCAGUACAAAGCGGAACAUGGAGGUGUCGAAAACCCGAACACGUAUUUACCCCAUGAUGGAUUCCGACGUAGUACCCUUUUUACUACUGCCAGGAAUUACGGGAGAUACGACGCCUUCAAGACCUUGUUGGAAACUCGCAGAAUGUUCGCCAAAGAUCGUGAUCAAGCGUUAUGGGAUGCAGCGCAUGAUGGAAGUCACGAACUGGUGAAGCUUCUCCUAGAGCACGGCGCCAAUGCCAUGGCACUGCAUUGGCACAACAUGUCUCCCCUGUCCGUUGCGGCGCGCUGCAUUAAGCGCUGCGAUUCAGCCAAAAAUGUUACGAGCAACCAUGACGGUUUCAUGGAGACAACAAGGCACCUCCUUAAUCACGGGGUAGACAUCGAGCACAGGGAUGAUGAGCGUUACACUGCUCUAGAUUAUGCCGCGACUGCUGGACACUGCCAAAUUGUCGAGCUGCUUGCCUCAUACGGAGCCGACCUAAAUGCCAAGCACCCACGUCUGGGGUACACGGCCCUCCAUAUAUCGAUCUGGCUUGGAGUUGGUCGGCUCGAUAUGACUGAACUUCUUCUGCGUCUGGGCGCCGACGCUUCUGCGACAGAUGACCUGGGUAGAAGUCCGCUCUUCUUUCUGAACAGCUCAUGCAAGGAAACAAUACCAAUAGCCAAGGUUCUCCUGGAGAGCGGCGCUAGCAUGGAAGCCAAAGGAGACACUCUUCUUCGCCACGCAGUGGCCUAUGGUAUGCCCGAACUAGCCAAGUUCCUUAUUGAGGAGCAUGGGGUCGAUGUAAACGCUGUCGAUCAUAAGGGUGAAACUCUAUUCUGUACUGCCGUCGGGUGGAGAGCUUCUAUCGAACUUAUCAAGUUCUUAAUUGAGCGUGGCGCGGAUACCACCAUGAGAGGAGAAGGAGCCAGCUAUGCAAUGUUGCGUAUGGUCCAGGAGGGUACUGCAGACUUCAUCCGCGUGGUGCUUGAAAAUGUUGCAAAUCUCAAAGAGGUUAUGGGAUGGAAAUCUCUCAGAGACCUCGUCUAUAAAGAUAGAUGGAAGAAGUCGAUGCUACAUGCGGCUCUUGACCGCAAAUCCCAGGAAAUCGUUGAUUUAAUGAUACAAUUUGGGGGUCAUGAAGGGUACUUGGCAAACAAUGAAGGAGGUCGUUUGCACCAAGGCGCAAUAACCGGAGACAUUGCCCUGAUGCAGUCGGUAUUGGAUACGGGUGCAUCACUUGAUGCAGACAGGGAUGUACGGGGCGACACAGCUCUCGUUGUUGCCAUUAAUCUAGGGGUCACUGCUUCUAUUAACUGGCUCCUCGAGAAAGGGGCCAGUCCGAACACGGAAGGUAUUUGGUUUUCAAAACUCACACCACUUCACCACGCGACCGGACGAGAUGCGAUAGAAGCGGUAAGGGUGCUUCUCAAACACGGAGCCAAGGUAGGAAGCAAGACCGGCGCUGGAGAGACGGCACUCCACAUGGCCUCGCGCUCUGGUAAUACUGAAAUAGUCAAGAUGCUCCUUGAGUCUGGUGCCCAUAUCUGGGACCCAGAUGAUCGAGGCAUGACACCCAUGCAGUUGGCCUCGCAAUUCCAUCCUAAAACUGUGCUCCCGUUGCUCACUGAGAAACCUUUGAAGGCUGGAAAGUCUCGUAGGUCGAGACGCAGAAAUCGGAAAAGGACUUCCCGCUAG